AUGGGUUGGUGGUGGAAUUCCAAGCCGGCCGCGAGCGGCGAGAAUCCUUUGCCCAGCUCAUCGACCCAAAAUGAAGAGCCGUCGCCUCCAGCAGCUGCUGAACCGAUCGCAGAACCCGUCAAGCGGACCCUGUCCCCAGAAGAGCAAAGCAAUCUGGAGCUAAUGGAGCUUUUGAAAGAGUUUGAGGCACAAUCAAAUGCUGAACAGGAUCAAAGAACUAGAGCAAAAGAGCCGGGAGCAUUGAAGCAGUCUGUACCUAUUCCCGCUGAUAUCUCUCCUGACUCCCUCUACCCUACCGAAAUGUCCUGUCAAUCUGCCUUCGAUUACGCCAUGUUCUGCCAGGGCUUUGGUGGGCAAUUCGUGAAUAUCUAUCGAUACGGCUCAUUCAGAUCAUGUUCGAACCAUUGGGAGGAUUUUUGGCUUUGCAUGCGGACGAGGAAUUGGGACAAACAGGAUCGAGCAAAGGCCAUUCAAGACCACUAUCGAAAGAAGGCUGUCCAAUGGAAAACCGGACCCAGCAGUGAAGAUGUAUGGGAAGUUAGAGAACACCCAGUGAAAGAUGCAUUCCAAGGAAAUCUGGAAGAACUUGAAGCACGAAUCGCCGAGUGGCAGAAGGCCAAUCCAGACCGAACCGCGUCAAUGUCCACGCUAUCGCAGUCACCACUACGGGCACCCAAACUUGAUCCUACCGGAAGCAAUCCCAGCAAUGCACGGUAA